AUCUUUUGUUUUUAUUUAAACCAAUAAACUAAUAGAGUUUAGUUUUAAUCACAAUGUCAUCGCUUAGGUCAAAGUUGGAAUGUAAAAAUCUACACCAAUAUUUGUCUGGAUUACCUCCGGCAAUUCUGGAUUCCUUGUAUGAACACCCGGCGACUUGUAUGGCAGUUUUCAGAGAACUUCCAGACUUGGCGAAACAUUAUGUUAUGAGGAUCCUCUUUGUUGAACAACCAAUCUCAAUGCAAGCUGCGUCAUCCUGGGUUACAAAAGAUGCAAUGGAUGACCACAAAGAGGCAGUUACGGUGCUAUGUGAUUUAAGAGUUUGGGUGCAAAUAUCAUUACAAGGUGGAUUGCCGGCUUAUAAUUUGAGUUCAACUUUUCGAAAUAAUUUGAAAAAGGCAUUGAUUGGAGGUGGUCAGGUCUGGUCAACAACAACAAAUCUUGGCCCUGAUAAACAUAGAAAAGACGCUGAAGCCUUGGAUAAAUAUGCUUCUGAAAGAUGGGAAGUUAUUUUACAUUACCUCGUUGGAUCACAAUCUGCAGCAGUUAGCGGCGACAUAAAAGAAUUAAUGCUACAAUCUGGUUUGAUGAGAAUGUGUGAUGAUGAUGGCAAGGAAGCUCCAUUCAUAACUGCCAAAGGAUUUCAAUUUUUAUUAAUGGACACACCAUCUCAGGUGUGGUUCUUUAUCCUUGAAUAUUUGAAAUGGAUCAGAGAGAGGGGGAUGAAUCUUGUUCCUAUCCUACGAUUUCUAUUUGAAUUGAGUUUCACUACACUAGAAAUGGAUUUACCGACAGAUGGCAGAGAUGAUCAUGUACUUCAAUGUCUACAACAUUUACGAGAAAUGGGGCUUGUAUUUCAGAGAAAAAGAACAUCAAGAAGAUUUUACCCAACGCGCCUUGCAGUAAAUCUUGCUAAUGGACUUUCUCAAACGUCAGUCAGUUCAAACCAAAAAGGCUUCAUUGUUGCAGAAACCAAUUAUAGAGUAUAUGCCUAUACAGGUUCAGAUUUACAAUACGCAAUAUUAUCUUUAUUUUGUGACUUGUUGUACAGAUUUCCAAAUGUAUGUGUUGGUCAAUUAACAAGGGAAAGUGUUCAGAUUGCGAUAGCAAAUGGCAUAAGUGCAGAACAGAUUCUUCAUUAUAUUAGAGCUAAUGCUCAUCCUGACAUGUUGAAAAAUACACCAAUUCUUGCGCCAACCUUAGAAGAUCAAAUCAGGUUAUGGGAAAUGGAAAGAGACAGAUUGAUAUAUCAGGAAGGUGUUUUAUAUAAUCAAUUUUUAACUCAACAUGAUUUUGAAGUUCUACGAGACUAUGCACAAGAAUUACAGGCUUUAGUGUGGCAGAAUGAAGGAAAGCGAUACAUGGUGGUCAACAGAUUUGCUCACGAUCAAGUCAAAAAAUAUUGGAAAAGAUAUAAGAAAGAAUCCGAACCUGGAACGUGACCAAAAUGUGUAUGGCAUGUGGGAUACAUCAUUCAUACUGCUGACAAAGUUCACCACAAUGUCACUGUCAGCUGAAUAUGAUUGGCUUGAUGCCCUCAAAACUUAUUUGGGCAUGUCAGCAAGAGUUGAAAGUUCAUGAUGGGGGGUUGUGGAAGCUCUCGUGGAAUAGUUGCUAUUCAACCCCAGUCGUUCACUCCAUAAUUUUUAUGAAUAUAUCAAUUAAGUUUACAUUUGGUUGUUUAUAUAUAUGCAGAUCCAUCAGGCAAUUUAUUUCACGUAAUAAUAAAGAAGUUAUUCAUUCGGCAAA